UAUUUGAUAUUUGAUAUGUUUGUUACAGAUAUCCCUGUUCCUGAAACCCAAAAUUUUGAUGGAUUUAGAGAAGUUUUAAGAGGCCUUGGAAAAAAGAGAAGAAAAUUUACUGAAAUAGCUUUAAAAAAUAUAUUGAACCGGACAAUAAAUUAUGGGAAACCAGAAAAUGUGACCAAUCAUUUAAAUGAGAGAAGUCGUCUUGGUUCAGACCCUUUAGAGUAUAGAAUCAUCCGAGCAUUAGCUGGACCAGAAGAGGAUAUAUCUAUACCAUGGAUGUGUCAUAUGAUAGCAUUGUACUUGUGUAUAAAAAAGCCAAUAUCAUACACAACGAAUAUCCAGUUAAAUUCUAAUGGUACUUGUACCCUAAGUGAUGACAUUACUUUCGAAACAUACGGAAAAAUUGAAGGACAAUGGUGCCAAGUCAUCGGCAACGAAGUACGACCACUUAAGGAACUAUUAUGAUAAUAGUACAGAUUUAAUUUAAUUUAAAUAAUACUGGAAUUUUGCACUAUUAUCCAAGUUGUUAGUUAACAAUUUAAUAUAUAUAUUUAAGUUAAACAAUUAUACUCACUUAUAAUUACACGUGUUGCUUAUGUGGUGAGUACCAUUUCUUAAGUCCAGUCUCUAGCCACACUUUGCUUGCAACUCACUAGCUGGGGCAAGUACUUGUGGUUACUGAUUGUCUUAGUAACUUCUCUGUUGAGCUCAACUCGGUGUUAAUAUUUAUU